AUGUCUGAGAAAUCGAGUAGGAUGAUGGAGUCACCAAUUCCUGUUCCGCCCGAAGCUGGUCUUGAGGUUGGGCGUCCGAGACCUAUCAGCCAUCAGGAUGGGCUGCAGAAUCUUGGGAGUGAGCGUCAUGUGGUUCUGGGUCCUUAUGGUAGUCAUCGUGGCUCUUCUGGCUGCUGGAAUUGGGGCGGAAUCGCCAGCGGCAUGAAAGAUAAGAACAAAAAUAAUCAUCCAAAGCAUAACCACACAGAGCGCUUGAACAUUACAUCGCCAUGCCAGAUUGAUUCGGGGGCAAACAACAACUCUAUACUCCUAGUAACGUCACAUCAGGAUACAGUACCCACCAACUUCCGACUAUUUUGUAAUCGAACUUUCGAUGUAGCUUCGAGUGUACGUCUUAUGCAGUUUGCAAUACCUGAUUCUAUGGCAAACAUGAAUGGUUGCAUGGAAGCAUGUUUAGAUCACAAUGCAGGAGGGUCCAACAGCAGCAAGGAUGAUGCCAAUGACUCGUGUUAUGCUGUUACAAUCAAUACAAACGAGACGACCGGACAGCAAUGGUGCAAGUUAUUUUCAGCCACUGAAUGGGGGACUGAUGCAUUUGGAGCAGAUUGUGCCGUUAAUCUCUCACCACUCAGCUUACCUGACACUACCAGCCUUCAGACCAGAGUGAAAAACAUCACACUUACUUCAACUACCUCUGCAAAAUGUACACCUGCGUCAAAUGGAGCUUGCCUAGAGGUUUUGACAACAAAAGAGAUAGUAACAACUGCUACUGUAAGCUUGCAGUCCCUCGUUCUUGUCUCAGAGUUGGUGAUGAGAGGUCAAAUCCUGACGGCAUCAGAACCAACGUCCACUACUUAUUAA